UGGUUAUUACUUAUAGAUCCAACCAAUCAUAUUCGAUUGCUCGGCAAGCGUACUAGCCGCUUUGCCAUCUUGGAACUCGCCUCGCCUAAUGUUUUUGCUUUGGUCACCGUCACAUGUGAUUGCUACCACGCUGUACUUAGCAAUACAGCAGGAUACUGAUUUUGAAUUUCUGUUGUAUUUAGGUCAGAUCAAACAUGGUGAAGGAACAGUUCAGGGAGACAAAUGUCGCCAGCGAAAUCUCCUAUAUAUCAUUUGGAGUGGAUAGUAUGCACGACAUAAUGAUGCAGGCCAAUGUAGAAGUGUUCCAGAAAAGUCUGUACAAUGAAGAUACAAAGCAUACUCCUGCUUUACAAGGAGCACUGGAUAGGCGCAUGGGAGUGAGUUCUGCAGGGGACGUUUGCAAAACGUGUGGCAAAAGAUUAAACGACUGCGUAGGACAUUUUGGAUAUCUUGAUUUAGAAUUACCAGUCUUUCACGUUGGCUACUUCAAAUCUAUCAUCCAGAUUUUACAGACAAUUUGCAAGAAAUGUGCUCAUGUUUUGCUAACGCUCAAAGAAAGGAAAUCUUUUUUGCGCCAAGUACAAAAUCCGAAUUUGAGAUAUUUAAUGCGCAAAUCGUUGCGUAAGAAAAUAUUGAUAUCAGCGAAAAAGAAGACGCAAUGUCCAAAUUGUAAUUCAAACAAUGGCCCUGUGAAGAAGGCUGGUUUUCUCAAAAUUGUUCACGAGAAAUACAAGAACUUAAAGAAAACAAAUUCUAUUAUUCAAGAAAAGUUGACUGAAUUGGCCCCAAAGAUGAAAUGUGACAUAGAAUUUAAAAAUAUGGUAGAGCAAAACUACCGAUGUGUAUUUGAUCAAUAUCUAUAUCCAAACGUGGUGCAAGAACUUUUCAAUAGAAUUCCAGUGAGUGAUAUCUGCUUUUUGUUAAUGGAUCCUGAAUGUGCAACACCAAAAGAUUUGAUAUUGAGAAGGAUUCCUGUGCCACCAAUUUGUAUUAGACCUAGUAUUUUAUCUGACCUAAAGGCUGGUACAAAUGAAGAUUAUCUGACAAUGAAAUUAUCAGAAAUAGCUCUUAUCAAUGACGUUAUUCGCAAGCAAAAAGGUGUUAAUAUAAAUAUGUACAUGGAGCAUUGGGACUUUCUUCAACUGCAUUGUGGUCUUUAUAUUAAUAGUGAAAUGUCUGGAAUACCUAUACACAUGCAACCUAAAAAGUCUGGUAGAGGUAUAGUACAAAGAUUGAAAGGAAAACAAGGUCGUUUCCGAGGUAAUUUAUCUGGCAAACGUGUCGAUUUUACUUCUCGCACAGUAAUUUCGCCUGAUCCAAAUCUCAGAAUAGAGCAGGUUGGUGUACCUAUAUAUGUUGCAAAAACUUUAACAUACCCUGAAAGGGUUACUCCAUCAAACAUAGAACUAAUGCAAAAAUUAGUAAGAAAUGGUCCAGAUAUACAUCCUGGAGCAAACUACAUACAGUAUAAGCAUUCGCAAAAUAGGCGAUACCUUAGAUAUGGCGAUCGGAAUAAAGUCGCCCGAGACUUACAGUUUGGCGACAUUGUUGAGAGACAUCUCAAAGACGAUGACUUAGUGCUAUUUAAUCGGCAACCAUCUUUGCACAAAUUAAGUAUUAUGACACACAGAACCAAGAUAAUGGAGCAUCGAACAUUCAGAUUCAACGAAUGCGUUUGUGCACCUUAUAAUGCAGAUUUUGACGGCGAUGAGAUGAAUCUUCACUUACCACAGACUGAAGAAGCCAGAGCGGAAGCGUUAGUUUUGUUAGCGAAUAAAUCCAAUCUAGUUACACCUCGCAAUGGUGACUUAUUGAUAGCAGCAACUCAAGAUUUUAUCACCGGUGCUUUUCUUUUAACUCAAAAGGAUACGUUUUUCCAGCUAGAACAAGCUAGAUUAGCUCUUUGCCUUUUAGCUGGCUCGGACGCUUCUUUAGUCGUAACUCUUCCUCAGCCUGCAAUCAUGAAACCGGCGAGGUUGUGGACCGGCAAGCAAAUAUUCAGUCUUAUUAUACGACCGAAUAAGGAAUGUCCUGUCAAAGCAAAUCUAAAGACACGGGGCAAGGCAUAUACCAAUGGAAAAGAAUUAUGUAUCAAUGACUCUUAUGUUAUUAUUCGCAAUUCUGAGCUUCUAGCAGGAACAAUGGAUAAAUCUGUAUUAGGCUCAGGAUCGAAACAAAAUAUAUUUUACGUUCUGCUAUGUGAUUGGGGUGAAGAUGUUGCAACCACAGCUAUGUGGCGUUUAACCAGAAUAACAAAUCAUUUCAAUUUUGACAGAGGAAUUUCUCUUGGUAUCGGUGAUCUUAUACCUAGUCAAAGCCUUCUUCGAGCUAAGGAAAACGUGUUAAAUACUCAUUAUUCCACAUGUAAUGAAUACAUUCAGUUAAUGGAACAGGGUCGUCUUAUCUGUCAGCCUGGAUGUUCGGAAGAGGAAACAUUGGAAACGAGAAUAUUGAACGAACUUUCGGUAAUCCGUGACAACGUUGGUAAAGUGUGUUUGAAAGAACUACAUCCUACUAACGCUGCUUUAACUAUGGCACUCUGUGGAAGUAAAGGUAGUUUCAUCAAUAUUUCUCAAAUGAUCGCUUGCGUAGGUCAGCAAGCUAUCAACGGACGUAGGGUACCGAACGGAUUCGAGAAUCGUGCUUUACCUCAUGUCUUGUCACGAUCAAAGAAACCGGAUGCUAAAGGCUUUGUGGAAAAUUCAUUUUAUUCUGGAUUAAUAUCCAAAGAAUUCUUCUUUCAUGCCAUGGGCGGUCGAGAGGGUCUCACAGAUACAGCUGUGAAAACUGCAGAGACUGGAUACAUGCAGAGACGAUUAGUUAAAAGUUUAGAGGAUUUGUGUAUCCAUUAUGACAUGACGGUACGCAAUUCUACGCACGAUAUUAUACAAAUUCCAUACGGCGGUGAUGGAUUGGAUCCUACGUAUAUGGAAGGCAAAAACUGUCCCGUGGAUUAUGAAAGAUUGUAUGAGCACGUGAGAGCGAAAAUGCCUUAUGAAUCCGAAGAGCCUUUAGAUGCCGCUAGCGUGAUUAACGCUACAAAUGAAAUGCUAAGCUCUGAAGAGUAUGAAUGCUUGAGUGAGCAAUUUAAACUCGAACUGAUAUAUUUUUUGAACUCAGUAGCGCGAAAAAUAGCGCAUUAUCGGCAGAACGAUAAAUUAAACUCGAAAGUGAUUUCGCAGCUCGAACGUUUCACCGUGUCGCAAUUAGUAGAGUUUAUUCACACAUGCAAAGAAAAGUACAUGAGAGCUAAGAUAGAACCGGGCACUGCUGUAGGUGCGCUCGCCGCUCAAAGUAUCGGUGAGCCAGGGACACAGAUGACUCUCAAAACAUUUCACUUUGCUGGUGUAGCUGCUAUGAGCAUCACGCAGGGUGUUCCUCGUAUCAAAGAAAUUAUUAACGCGAGUCCCAAAAUCAGUACUCCCAUCAUAACAGCAACUUUGGUCAAUAAUACGGAUUCCGAGUUUGCCGAGCAAGUAAAGGCAAGAAUGGAGAAGACGACUCUGGGAGAUAUAUCUGAAUAUAUCGAGGAAAUAUAUUUGCCCGAUGAUCACUUUCUUAUAAUAAAAUUAGAUAUCGAGAGGAUUAAAACGUUAAAAUUAGAAAUUGAUGUUAAUUCCAUAUCCUAUACACUCUGCACUUCAAAAUUGAAGUUAACUUCAAAGAAUAUAGAAACAGUGACCGACUCAGUUCUUGUUAUUCGACCAAAUCGGAGUAAAGAUAAAGACAGUUCAAAUUUUCCAUUUCGUAAAUUGACAGAGACUAUUCCAAAUGUUAUAGUAAAGGGUCUACCAUCGAUCAAUAGAGUAGUUGUACAUAAUGAAAACCUCGGUGGUAAAUCAAAAUUUACAUUAUUUGUUGAAGGAGAUAAUUUUAGAGACGUUAUGGCAACACGUGGCAUCCUCGGUGAGGAGACAAAAUCGAAUAAUACGAUAGAAGUUUUUAAAACGCUCGGGAUAGAAGCAGCGAGAACGACUAUCAUGUCAGAAAUUAAGUCAGUAAUGGAAAAUCACGGAAUCAGUAUUGAUUAUCGACAUUUAAUGCUCUUAGCAGAUUUAAUGACUAGCACAGGAAAAGUGCUUGGUAUCACUAGAGAUGGUUUAGCAAAAAUGAAAGAAUCGAUUUUAAACUUGGCGUCGUUUGAGAAAACGGCUGAUCAUCUAUUUGAUGCAGCUUACUAUGGACAAAAAGAUGUUAUAUGCGGCGUGUCAGAAUCAAUUAUAAUGGGUAUUCCAGUUCCACUAGGCACAGGAAUCUUCAAGCUUCUUCACAAGGCAGACAAAGACAAACCAUGCGAAAAGGAACUUUUAUUUGAUAAUCCACAAUUUCAUAAAUAA